AUGCCGACAUUUAUUGAACCUGUAAUGGAGAAUGUGACAGCAAUCAAAGGUCAAAAUAUCGAAUUCAAAUGUCAAAUAUCGAGGCUUGGCAAACAUAUGGUAGCGUUUGCUCGAGCAGACACGCCACCAAGACUAAUCGCUUUUGAUGAAAAAGUAUUCCGGCAACGACAUAAAUAUGAAAUUAGACGAUCAAUGAAGAAUAAUGAAUGGACUUUAGUCAUCAAGGAUGUUCAAGAAAAUGAUAUCGGUGGUUAUUCGUGCCAGCUGAACACCGAUCCAGUACUUUCAAAAACUGGCUACCUUCGUCUUAAAGUGCCACCAUAUGUGGCUCGAACAACAGCAGCAACUGUAGAGGUGCGUGAGGGACAGAACGUUACUUUGUCAUGUCAAGCUUUUGGCAAUCCACCACCAACUAUCGUUUGGCGAAGGCAAGAUCGACAAAUUAUUCGAUUUAACGGCGCAACAGGCUAUGGAGCAAGCGUAUUCAAUGGUUCCGACAUGACAAUCAUUAAAGUAAAUCGCAAACAUAUGAGCGAAUAUAUUUGCGUCGCAAGUAAUGGUGUACCACCGGAUGAGUCAUGGAGUGUAAAAUUACAUGUUACCUUUAAACCGAUGGUGAUACCACAGGCUGAAAUUGUUCAGGUAGCACUUGGUGGUCAGGCUAGCUUGGUUUGCAAUGCAGAAGCCUGGCCAAGGCCUUCAGUUAGAUGGGGAAAAGAUGGACAAGAAAUAUUUGAUUCUUCAACAUUUUCAAUUUCACAUCAAGUAGCAGAAAAAUAUCGCAGCAUGCAUAUAUUAACAAUUAAAAAUGUUAGCAGAAAUGAAUUUGGCACUUAUCGAUGUAUUGCGAUGAAUGACAACGGUGAACACUUUGCUGAUAUCAUUUUAAAAGAAGGAAACUUGGUGUACAAUAAAUUUGCAACAACGUUCACUGAAGGUUCUGGAUAUCUGGAUGAUGACAGUGGUGACGAUGAUGGUGAUGAUGAUGAUGAUAACGACAAUGAUAAUAGCAGUGAAAGCAAUGUUGAUAAUGAUGGUUACAAUGAUAAUCGUUCCAUUAUAUCUUCUUGCAAAUUACAAAAUUCAUCUGAUUCAACGAGAAAAUCAUCCGAAACAUUUCAAAUUCAAUCGAACUCAGAAAGAUUACUUUCAGCUCAUUCCCCUCAUCUAUCAGCUUCUACAGAUAGCAAUCAUGCUUACGGACAAGAUCUACAUCGAAAAGGUGUGCAUGUUGAUAAUGAUAGUGAUAGCAACAGUGAUAAUCAUUGUGCAUUAUUUUUGUUCCUAAUAGCAUGCUGCAUGUUAUUAGUCACUGAAUUGUUAUACUUAUUACUAAUUAUUGACAGAUAA